AUGGCGCAAGAGGAAGAUGACCCGCAGGAUUCCAGAGACAUGGUUUUGCACACGCCCGGCUGGGGCAAUGAAGCUUGGCCUCCAGCUUGGCUGCCCGCGCCGAUACGGCCCAUGCGCGGCAGUGUUGGGAGAUUUUCGGCUGCAGCUGUCAGCUCCAGGGAAGAGUGCAACAAUGCCCAGGACUUUUUUGGAGAUUUACCGGUGUCAGACCGUGUGGCCCACGACAAGACGGGUGUCGGUUACAAGGAUCCGUCUCCUACAACAAACCGGUCACUUGCGUUGCCGUCAUCUUCGAGCACUUUGCCCGUAGACUUGCAAAGCACGAAUACGAUAUCGUUGUUGGUCGCAAAUGUCGGCCUCAUCGAUCGCAGCCGGCGCUUUUCUGAUUUCAUAGCAGGCAAUUUUUCGGUCGUCCUUCUUCAAGAAGCUCACUCCUGUGGCAUCUUGCACCGAAUUGCAAAAGCACGGGACAUGUGCAUCUUAGAGGGUCUAGGCCGGGUUGGGUCAUGCAUGGCUGUCCUAGCUGGACAGACAGGGACAAAGUAUCUCAGCCGUAUAUAUCCGACCUGGGAUGGAUUGAUGGAGCGACCCUACAAGGAUUCGGCCAAACAAGGUGAUCGCAUCCAUUCAUUAGUUUGCCUGUCUGCGGAGGUGCAAUGGGUCAAUGAAGCGAACGGUGGAGUUAUAUCUCGAGCCGGCCUCAGUUCCUUCCGGGUUACCACAGUGCACGCCCACAACGACGAGAAGCGCGACUUCAACUUAGAACCCCACGCUAUUCGUCAUGCAGUGGAUUGUGUUAUCGAGCAGUUCGAGGGAGCGAGUUACGAGGUUCUACAUGGUGAUCGCAGCGCGGAGAUCUGUUGCGUGCUGCUGAAUUUCGCCAAGUUGCCUCAGCUGCGAGGCGCAGUGAAAGGCGCGGUGGCGGAGCGCUGGACAAGUGAGGAGUUGAGACUUUCAGACAACGAUGCUGAUUCACACUAUCCCCUCAUUCUUGAACUUUCCCCUCUGGAGCUGCGUGAGGGUGACUUGCGUAAGCGAUCCGCGGAAGCGGCUGCCAAGCGAGCGCAGAAGAA